AUGAAUCGACUUAUAUCCCUAUCCACAUACCUUGGGCUGUUGAAUUGUGCCAUUCAACCCGCCGAAGGCCAUGAUAUAUUCCACCCUAGCGACUACGCCAGCGAGGAUAUCAUUAUUCGCGAUGUCGCUGUGAUCGGAGGCGGCUCAUCAGGCACAUACGGCGCUAUCAACCUCCACAGACGCGGACAGAGCGUAGUGGUCGUCGAGAAGGAGGCUGUCCUCGGUGGCCACACAAACACGUACACCGUCCCAGCAACGGGUACCACAAUCGACUACGGCGUCCAGGCGUUCUGGAACAUCUCUGUGACACAGGACUAUCUAUCUUACCUGGGGGUUCCGGUGACAGAAUACACAGGAUACAAGCGUACGGAUGUCUACGCGGAUUUCCAGACCGGGCAGCAGCUUAACGUGACCUCCAGUAGCAACUAUACGGCGUAUAGCACACAGCUGCAGAAAUACCCGUAUCUGGAGUACAGCUGGGACCUACCCGAUCCCGUUCCCGAAGAACUCCUAUUGCCAUUCGCGGAGUUCCUAGAAGAAUACCAACUCGAGGAUGUCGGGUACAAUGUCUACUACGGUGCACAGGGCUUCUCUAAUGUGUUGGAUCAAUUGACGGCGAACGUGUUCAAGAUUUUCGACGGGUCCUUUAUCGACGCCUUAAGCGGAGGUGAUGUGAGAGGCCUCCGUAGCAACGGCGAGAUAUACACCAAAGCCUCUGUGGUGCUCGGCACGAACGUCUUGUUCUCAUCACAGGUCAUUGCCGCCAAUCGGUCGGUCAACGGCACAGGAGUGCGGCUUGUGGUGCAGACUCCCACUGGAAACAAAUUAAUCGUGGCCUCAAAGCUACUCGUCAGCAUUCCGCCCCUCCUCAAUAACAUGAAAUCGUACGACUUGACUGAUCGAGAAUUAAGCCUCUUCUCGCGCUGGAAUUACAGUGGGUAUUAUACCAUACUGGUCAACAAUACUGGACUCCCGUCUGGAUACCGCUUCAACAAUGCGAAUGCGGCUGGGCUUUGCAAUAUCCCUAAGCUCCCGGCGCCGUACCAAGUCACGGAGACGGAUUCUCCGGGGAUAUUCUAUAUCUGGUACGGUAGUCCGUAUGUCAUGGAGGAGGCUGCUGUUAAGGACGAUGUCAUUGCGGUGAUUCGUCGGUUGCAGGGAACAGUGCAUGUGAAUGUGUCUACAGUGCCAAAUUUUUUGGCCUUCAACAGCCACACACCGUUCAAAUUGGUGGUCGAUGCCGAUUCCAUCCGUGACGGAUUCUAUCGAGAUCUCAAGGGGCUGCAGGGUUAUAGAAACACGUGGUAUACGGGAGCAGCGGUGAUCUCGCAUAGUUCAGCUAUAUUGUGGAAUUUCACGGAUGCUCUGCUGUCUGAGAUGACUGCGGCUUAA